CAGUGCGAGGCUGAGGCCGGCGCGAUGAAGGGAGGCUGGAGGAACCGGGCAAGAGGCGGCCGGGCAGCCUCCGUCCUGCUGCUCCUGGGGGCUCUGGCCGCCUUUCACCUGCCUCGCAGGGGCGCUGCCGCCCAGCGGCUCCGCAGGGACACAGAAAAUAAAACACAAUGCAUCCCCCCUCCCUCAUCGGAAUUUCCUGACGCAUUUUUUACACAACAGGAGAGAGAAGAUGGGGGGAUCAUUAUCUAUUUCAUAAUUAUCCUUUACAUGUUUAUGGCUGUAUCCAUUGUGUGUGAUGAUUACUUCCUUCCUUCUCUAGAGAGCAUUAGUGAAUCCCUUGGCCUCUCUCAGGAUGUUGCUGGAGCAACUUUUAUGGCAGCUGGUAGCUCUGCUCCUGAAUUGGUCACUGCUUUUCUAGGGGUAUUCGUGACAAAGGGAGACAUUGGAAUUAGCACCAUCCUUGGAUCUGCAAUCUAUAACCUUCUUGGUAUCUGUGCAGCUUGUGGGUUGUUAUCUAGCGUGGUUUCGAGGCUGUCUUGUUGGCCACUGUUUAGAGACUGUUUGGCAUAUGCAAUUAGUGCAGCAGCAGUCCUUGCAAUGAUAUUUGACAGCAGAAUUUACUGGUAUGAAGGUGCUUCCCUGCUGCUGAUUUAUGGGUUAUAUAUUCUGGUGCUGUGUUUUGAUAUUAAAAUCAAUCAAUAUAUUAUGAAGAAGUUUAGUCCCUGCUGUACUUGUUUUGCAAAAGCUAUGGAAGAAAACACUGAACAGCAGCCAUUAAUUGGCUGGAAGGAAGAAUGUGAACCACUAAUUUGUCGACAAUCAAGAAUCGAUAGUGGAAUUUUUCAUGAUGAAUCAGACUACUCACAACUUUCUAUAAGUUUACAUGGGCUUGAUGAAAUUUCUGAAGAUCCUCCAAGUGUCUUCACCAUCCCUGAAGCAGAUUUAAAAAGAAUUUUCUGGGUGUUAUCUCUUCCUAUUAUUACACUACUCUAUUUGACCACACCAGACUGCAGAAGACAGUUUUGGAAAAACUGGUUCAUGGUGACAUUUUUCAUGUCAGCUGUGUGGAUUUCUGCAUUUACAUAUGUCCUUGUAUGGAUGGUAACAAUAGUGGGUGAUACGCUGGCAAUUCCAGAGACAGUAAUGGGUCUUACAUUACUAGCAGCAGGGACAAGCAUACCAGACACAGUUGCAAGCGUACUGGUGGCUAGGAAAGGAAAAGGAGAUAUGGCUAUGUCUAACAUUGUAGGAUCCAAUGUAUUCGAUAUGCUGUGUUUGGGAUUACCUUGGUUUAUAAAAACUGCCUUCAUAGAUACAUCAGCACCUGUGGAAGUGAAUAGCAGUGGUUUGACUUACACAGCAAUUUCUCUUAUUUGUUCCAUUAUUUUUAUUUUUCUGGCAGUUCACCUGAAUGGUUGGAAGUUAGAUAAAAAACUGGGAGCAAUCUGUCUAGUAAUGUACUUAGCAUUUGCUAUUCUGUCAAUUUUAUAUGAACUUGGGAUCAUAGGGAACAAUCCUGUAAAGGUCUGUGGUGGCUAGUUUUAGCCAGUGACUGUACUGAGGAAGACACAAAACAAUGAGAGAGGAUCAAUUUCUUCAUUUAGUCAAAUAAAAAAAAUCCAAAACUCC